AUGGCACUUCCGGUCGAUCGUCCUACGUCUACGGCAGCACUUGUGAUCGCUACUUCGGUCCUUACUGGCGUAAUUGGCUAUUAUCUUGGCCAAGGCGCAUCGAUAGGAAUUUUCUCAUCCUCACCCAGUCAUGCGCAAAAGGAAAAGUUGAUAGCAGACGAGGACGAUGAGGAGGAAGAAGAAGACGAUGACGAUGUCGAGGGUGAGCUUGCGACAUUUGAGGGGAAUACAGAUGAAGUGAAACUCGUUCUGGUCGUGAGGACGGACUUGGGGAUGGGCAAAGGCAAGAUAGCGGCACAAUGCUCCCACGCGACUCUCGCAUGCUACAAAUACUACUUCAGCAAAUCUCCGAAUUCACCUAUUCUAAAGCGCUGGGAAAGACAGGGCCAGGCGAAGGUUGCGUUACAGACAAAGUCAGAAGACGAUCUACUAGUACUUCAAGCUCAGGCUACCAGUCUCGGGCUAUGUGCUCGUGUGAUCCAGGACGCGGGACGAACACAGAUCGCGAGCGGCAGUCGGACAGUGCUGGGAAUAUUAGGUCCAAAGAGCGUAGUAGACUCGGUUACGGGGCAUUUGAAGCUGUUGUAA